GCAACCGCCGCCGACAUACGGCGCCGGCGAGGAGACGGCGGCUUCCCGCGACGCGCACCUUCGCCGGCGCCCCGCCCCCAGGCUCGCGAGUCACAGUGCCUUCCCGCGCACAGCUUGCGCCACUUGCAGCUCCCACCGACAACCCGACAAGUCUACUCGCAACGCUGGAAGCGAAUGAGUCGCCGAGGCGCCCCGCGACGGAAGAGUCCUGCGCGCCAUGCAGUCCUCGCCCGACUGGCCUCCGGAGCCUGGCGCCUUCCAGCCCUCGCCCUUCCCGAACCCCGUGCUGCAUGCCCUCCACUGCCUGGCCCGCGUGCUGCUCUUCCCGGCCUACUGGGCCCUGGACCAGCUGCUGGGCUGCUGGGCGCCAAUGGCGCGCCCGAGCGGCCUGAGGUGGCUGGGCACAGCCGCGAAAGCCGGAGCGGCGCUACUGCUGCUGCUGCUCGUCGGCCUACCGCCGGCGCUGCCCGGCCUGCUGCUCUGGCUGCUGCUGCAGGCCUGGCGCCGCCCCUUCUGCUACCAGCCCCCUCCGCUUUGCUGGGCGCCCCCCACGCCCUGGCGCCCCCCAGCUGAGCCUGCGCGCUGCUUCAGCUUCUUCAGCGCCAACCUGUGUCUACUUCCCGACGGGCUGGCACGCUUCAGCAACUUGCAGCACAGCCAGCGGCGGGCCGAGGCCGUGGGCACCGUGCUGCUCACCGGCAUGCGGCCCUCGCGCUAUGGGGCCACGGGCUGCAGCGCGCCAGGGCCGGGGGCGCCCCGCGGAGUGCUGACCGCCGCGGUACCGGAGGGUCUGGACUUCGUGUGCCUGCAGGAAGUGUUCGAUCUGCGCGCGGCGCGCCGCCUGGUGAACCUCCUGGCGCCCAAUCUGGGCCCAGUGCUGCAUGACGUGGGCACGUUCGGCCUGCAGCCGGGGCCGCACCUCAAGCUGCUGGGCAGCGGGCUGCUGCUGGCCUCGCGCUACCCGCUGCUGCGCGCCUCCUUCCGCUCCUUCCCCUACGCUCGUCGCGAGGACGCGCUGGCCUCCAAGGGACUGCUUUCUGCACAGGCGCAGCUGGGACUCGUGGACGGGCACCGCAUCGUGGGCUUCCUGCAUUGCACGCACUUGCAUGCGCCUAGUGGUGAGCCCCGCGGGCGAGAUCGUUGGCACGUGGGCAGGCCAAUCUGCCUCCGAGUGGUGGCCAUGAGUCCUAACCCUCCCUUGUACCUCCGUUCCCCGCCCCCACCAUUUGUUCACUGCCAGGCACCGAAAGCCCUGUGGAGUGCCCUGGCGGACUCACAGAUGAGGACCCAGCAGGGCGGCGAGGGGGGGAAGCGGGGGGCGGCGGCGCGGUUCCGCUGUGCGUUCCGGAUGCGGAGUGGCACCCUGGGCCGAGUCUUUCUCCCUUCCCGCUCCCCGCUCCCCACAGAGGACGGGCCCUUGCGCUGUAAACAGAUGACGCUGCUGCUGGAUUGGGUCGAGCACUUUGAGGCCGAGAGCUGCCAGAGUGAUGAGGCCGUGGCCUUCAGCGUGCUCCUGGGUGACCUGAACUUCGACAACUGCUCGCUAGACCAAGCGCAGGAGCAGGAGCACCAGCUCUUCAGCCGCUUCUGCGACCCCUGCCGCCUGGGCACACGCCAGGAGCAGCCCUGGGCUCUGGGGACGAUACUGAACCCUUCCACACUCCACCAGUCAGUGGCUUGCUCCCCAGAGAUGCUGCAGAGGGCCCUGGAGCAGGAGGAAGGGCGCCACCACUACCUGGCAGGCCCUCCCCACGGAGGCUACCGGGCUGAGCCCUGGAGGGGACGGCGCAUGGACUACAUCACAUAUAGAGGCAUGCCCGCAAGCCCACUGAGCCCAGAAGUAGAACAGGUGGCAUUCAGCACUGCCCUGGCGGGACUCACAGACCACCUGGCCGUGGGACUUCGGCUCCGAGUUUCCAUGCCCUCCCAAGGCAGGCACGCGGGCGGCAGCUGAGUGGACGGAUGGAAAGACAGACGAGGAUAG